AUGCCGCCGGAGGAAACACCGGGCCUCGUGGCCGCGAGCGACGAAGCCGUCCACCAUGUCCACCACGCGCCGCCGUCGUCGGUGAUAAUAGGCCACCGCGACCACAAGCGGAGGCGGACGAAGCACAGCGUGAACGACGAUGCUCUUCCUCAAGAAUUCACCGCGGCGCGGUCGACGAUCGACGCCGACCGCGGCGCCACAGAGCCCGCCACGCCCACGGGUGGAGCGCACCGCAGCCAGAGACGCGCGCCGGCGGUGGAGAGGAAUACGGGUGCUGGUGGCUUGUCGAGCAGGGACGACAAGGCAUCACCAUCCGUGGAUCCACCACCAGCUUCGAGCAAGGCAAUCCGCGUCAAGCACUCAUCAUCGUCGUCGUCGUUCGUCAUCGGCGGCGGCGGCAAACAACAUCCGGCCGCCGGCAGCGGCAGCUCGCCGGGAGGCGGCAGCCACUCCUAUUACGCCAGCAAUCACGCAGCUGCUGCGCCGAGUUCUUCUAAGAGGCUUACCAUCCGAGGACCGGCCGCCCCGCCGCCGCACCCUCCGGCUAAGGCGAGACGGCCGCCCUCGGCGUCCGAGCCCUCUGCUGCCGUGCCGCUGGAGCCGGAUGACGGCGACGAGCGCUUCCGCCAGGGCGUGGAGGUGUUCGGGGAGUGGGACGUUGCCACCCAACAAGCGGCGGUGAACCGCUUCGUCAGGCAGCAGUCGCCGCCGAAGGGAGACGGCUUCUCGUUCUGGCUCACCCCAGAUGAGGCAGAAGCUGACCUGAAGUACGUUCACGAGAUGGUGGAAGCCCAAAGGACGGGCAAGGCGGCGGCUUCCGGAUCCGGCAGCGGGAUCACCUGCAGUCCAGAGAGGAAGGUCACUGAUGUCUUCUUGGCUUCUAGGAGCCUUCAGGGAUCCAUCUCACCUUUCCUUGGUAAUCUCAGUAGCUUGUUGCGCCUCAACUUAUCAUACAAUUGGCUGUCUGGUAGCCUACCACUGGAAUUGGUGUUCUCCAGGAGCAUCAUCAUCCUUGAUGUCAGCUUCAAUCAACUCAGCAGAAACCUCCAGGAACUGCCAUCUUCAACCCCUGUCCGGCCUAUCAAGGUACUGAACAUCUCAAGCAACUUAUUUACAGGGCUGUUUCCAUCCACCCCUUGGGAGUCGAUGAGUAGUCUGGUUGUACUCAACGCCAGCAACAAUAGUUUCGUUGGGAAAAUACCAGCAACAUUCUGUGUCAGUGCUCUGUCCUUUGCAGUGCUUGAGCUCAGCUACAACCAAUUCAGUGGAAGUAUCCCUCCAUGGCUUGGUAAUUGCUCCGUGAUGACAUCUCUCAGUGCUGGGCACAACAACCUCAGAGGGACUCUUCCAAAUGAGCUCUUCAGUAUUACUUCGUUGGAGCACCUAUCUCUUCCUAAUAAUCAGUUGGAAGGAUCACUCAGAGGCAUCACCAGGCUCACAAAUCUGAUAACCAUUGAUCUAGGAGGGAAUGAAUUCAGUGGAAAUAUACCAGAUUCUAUUGGUGAACUUCAGACGUUGGAGGGAAUUCAUUUGGACCACAACCGCAUGUCUGGGAAGCCACCUUCAACUUUGAGCAACUGCACAAAACUUGUAACCAUAGACCUCAAGAACAACACGUUCAGUGGAGAGAUCACCAGGGUCAAUUUCUCCACACUUACCAAUUUAAAAACUUUAGAUCUUGCAUGGAACAAGUUCACUGGAACGAUUCCAGAAAGCAUAUACUCAUGCAGCAAUCUAAUAGCAUUGCAGCUAUCUUGGAACGAGUUCCCCGGCCAAUUGUCAGAAAGAAUUAGUGAUUUGAAGUUUCUCUCAUUCCUAUCACUUGUUAGCAUCUGCCUUACAAAUAUCAGCAGUGCAUUUCAAAUCCUUAGGAAUUGCAGGAACCUGACCACUCUGCUAAUUGGGUACAACUUCAUGCAUGAGACCAUGCCAGAGGAUGACAGAAUUAGUGGUCUUGAGAAUCUUCAGGUUCUUUCCAUGGAAGGUUGUUCAUUGUCAGGAAAAAUACCUCCUUGGUUAUCAAAGCUCACAAAUUUGGAGAUGUUAAUCUUAUAUAACAAUAAGCUAACAUGGAUAAUACCUGACUGGAUGAGUAACCUAAACUCCCUCUUCUAUAUAGACAUAUCAAACAACAGUCUUACAGGGGAAAUUUCAACAGUUUUAAUGGAGAUGCCUAUGCUACAAACAGACAAGGUUGCACCAAAGACGUUUGAGCUCCCAGUUUAUGAGACCCAAUCACUUCAAUACCGCAUGACCAGUGCUUUUCCUAAAGUACUGAAUCUAGGAAACAAUGAUUUCACUGGUGUCAUCCCCAAACAGAUUGGUCAACUGAAAGCACUCCUUGUACUCAAUUUGAGCUUCAACAAGUUAUCUGGACAGAUCCCACAGCCAAUCUGCAAGCUCACAAACUUGCAAAUACUUGACUUGUCAAGUAAUAAUCUCAAUGGUAUGCUUCCAGAUGAACUGAACGAUAUGCACUUCCUUACCCAAUUCAACAUUUCCAAUAAUGACCUAGACGGAUCUGUUCCAACUGUAGGCCAGCUUAGCACGUUUCCAAACUCUAGCUUUGAAGGCAACCCAAAAUUGUGCGGUCCCAUGCUUGUGCAUCAUUGCAGUUCAGCAAAAACACCAUUGAUCUAUAAGAAACAACAGAACAAAGAGGCCAUGUUUGUGCUUGCAUUUGCUGUAACUUUUGCAGCGAUUGUUGUCCUAUUCUUGCUGGUGUGUUUCCUUUUUUUCUUAAGGAGAAGUUUCAUAACCAGAAACAAGAGCAACAACAAGGAUGUUAUGGAAGGAAUGGCAUCCAACUUCAAUUCACAGCAAUCCUUGGUGAUGGUUCCACAAGGCAAGGGAGAAAAAGAUAAGCUCACGUUCACUGAUCUUGUGAAGGCUACAAAUAACUUUGACAAGGAGAAUAUCAUAGGCUGUGGAGGUUAUGGUCUUGUUUACAAGGCACAGCUACCCGAUGGCUCCAAGGCCGCCAUCAAGAAGCUCAGUGAUGAAAUAGUCUUAAUGGAUAGGGAAUUCAGUGCAGAAGUCGAUGCACUCUCAAUGGCACAGCAUGACAAUGUAGUGCCACUUUGGGGUUACUGCAUCCAGGGAAACUCAAGGUUCCUCAUAUAUUCCUACAUGGAGAAUGGCAGCCUGGAUGAUUGGCUUCACAACAGGGAUGAUGAUGCAAGCUCAUUCCUUGACUGGCCAAGGAGGCUAAAGAUUGCACAAGGAGCAAGCCGGGGUCUGUCCUAUAUCCACAAUGUCUGCAAGCCUCACAUUGUUCACCGUGACAUCAAGUCUAGCAACAUCCUACUUGACAAAGAAUUCAAAGCCUAUGUUGCAGAUUUUGGUCUAUCCAGAUUGAUCCUUCCCAGCAAAACUCAUGUCACGACCGAGUUGGUUGGCACUCUCGGUUACAUUCCCCCUGAGUAUGUGCAAGGGUAG